AGCUUCUUAUCCAGAGGGCGCAACCUAUAACUCACCCAACAAGGAAAGGAACUCUAUUUAUCAGGAAGAGAGGGUAGAACCCUGCCAUCUAAGUUCAUCUCUUUACUAUGGUGGGCAAGACAUCUAUUCCCAUUCUGCAAGUACUCAAACCACUGCGUCAUACCCUAUUUUAAACAAAUGUGGGGAAGAAGAUGAUCCCAACGGAAACAACUCACAGGGUGCUUCCAGAGGAAAUUGGUGGCAAGGCUCCCUUUAUUACUAAGGCCUAUGCUUCCAUAUCCAUGAGAAAUUUCUGUAGGUAAGUUUAUUUGCAAGAUUCACUUAAAUAGAAGGUGAAUGAAAAAUCUGUUGCACGAUCAAAUGUAAAGGCAAGAAAAAUCUGCAGUUCUGUUUAACCAUAGACAAAUGUAAAGGCAAUACUAGUAUCUGUUGCAUAAAGUGUUGACUUUCUGCAAACGUUUCCUUUGUGUAAUUCUCUGUUUUUUCCUCCUUUCUUUUCUUUUUGUUUUUUAAAUUUCCCCUUACUUGUUUCCAAAACAGAAACCUAAUUCUCUGCUUUACUAUUGACAUUUUGCAGGAUGCAUAUAGCCCUUGCAAUAACUAAUAAUUUUCCAAGAUCGCAACAUAAAUAAAUAGCCAGACUUCAGACUUGGGCAGGGAUUCGUUAUGGUUUCUCCAUGAUGGAUAGUUACCCUCUCUAUGGGUGGUUUAUAAGUUUCUCAAGCAGUUGACUAUUGUCUUUUUUUUUUUUCAUGUUCCAAGGAUUGGUAAUUUAGGUCUUCCUUUAUAAAUGUAAAUGCUGAUACCUGAGUUUGCCCAUCCAAAUACCAUUUCCCUGUUCUUUUCCAUCUGCAAGGAUUAAUGUCACACCCGGGUAGCGAUUCGAAUUUGAG